AUGGCAGAUAAUGUCGCACAACCACUACCCGCUCACAAGACGAAACACCUCGCUGUCCUCGAAUACCUCUUUAAGAACUCUGUAUUCCGCCUCGCUCAACUUGACGACGGCAAUACAAAUGGCACUGCACUCUGGAUGGGCGCACAGGUUCUUUCCGCAUGGCUCUCCUGUCUUCUCGACAACAAAUACCGUGCUAGGCAGACCCUGUCUCCCAAACGCCCCACGGUGCUUGAGCUUGGCAGUGGAAUCGGCCUCUCUGCCUUAGUCGCCAGUUCCUUCGGAUGGAACGUCCUGGCCACGGAUCUUCCAGACGUCAUAGACUCUGUUCUCGCUGAGAACAUCUCGAAGAACGUCGGCGAUCUGCCGCCAGAGAGUGGCACCAUAGAGCUUCGCGCUUUGGAUUGGGCCGUAUCUCCGUCAGAGUGGACAUGGGCAGAUAACGCUAUCAUAGCGUCUGCAGACAGGCCCCCCUGUUCGCUUGCUCCUCCCUUUGACCUCAUCAUCACUGCGGACACUGUUUAUUCGCCUCAUCUGGUGGAUCCUCUUCUUCGGACCUUGGAUCAUAUAUACACAGUUUCAACAACUUUAGCAAACUCGGGGAAGGUUCACAGACCAUCCCUUUACGUCUGUGUGGAGCGCCGUGACCCGAUGUUGGUGGAUGACUUUCUUGCGAAGGCCAGCAAGAUCUUCACAGUCAGUCGAAUCCCACCACGGAAAGUAGCUGAUGCCAUGGAGAAGAGCGGCAUUUUAUGGUGCAAGGAGGACUGGGAUGGGAUGGAGAUAUGGUCAUUUGCAAAAGCUCGAAAGGCGGGCGAAGUCGUGUAA